AUGCGGGAUCUACAGAAUUGCAUGGCUGAUUUCUCAGACGCCCACGAUGCAGCUAUCUCUGUUGUUGCGCCGUUGACGGAUUUCUCCAAUGAGAAGCUCUCUUCAAUUAUCUUUCUUGGAUGCACAAUUGCCACGGCAGUAUUGUUUAUCAGUGCACACCUGCUCCCCCUCAAAAUUGUGCUGCUUGUUGGCGGCAAUGCGUUGGUUCUCGCAAUCCAUCCAACGGUAGGGCAAUUUAUCUUCGCUCUGGUGCAAGAUAUGACAGGUGGAGAUUCCAUCAACACGGGUUCGGAUGAGAAAGAUGGGUUCGCCUCUUCAGUCCCUGCAGAUCCAUCUGCAGCGAUGUCGGCCUUGGAAAAGCUUGCAGACAUCUCCUUGGACACAUAUCCCGAAGAGCGGGAGGUGGAAAUAUUUGAGUUGCAGCACCGGACUCCAGGAACGUCAGAGUCUGGGUGGGAGAGCUUCCUAUUUAGCCACGCCCCAUACGACCCGUUAUCACCACCUCGAAUCGCCGGGGAUCGACCUCGUGGAUGCCGAUUCUUUGAGGAUGUCCGUGCCCCACGUGGCUGGGCUUGGAAGAGUAAAAAGUGGGAACUCGACCUAGACUGCCGUGAGUGGGUGGUGGAGCGCAUGAUCACCAGUGUUGGGUUCGAGAUCCCAGACGUAAAUGCCAAAGGCAACGCCAUUGUGGGAGAAGUUGGUGGUUGGGUUUGGGACUUGCCUCCAACUCGGCAGGAGUCAGAUGAUGAUUUGACGUCAGCCUACGGAGACCUGCCUGAUUCACUGUCCACCAAGGAGACCAAGGGCAAGGGGAAGGAGAAGGCUAAAUCACGGGAUUGGGAGGAAGGGAAUGCGUCCUACGGAGUGGGAGAAUGGAGACGUCGACGAUGGGUACGAGUGGUGCAACGAAUAAGCCUUCCGCCGGCGGAGGUUGUCACCUACUCGACGCUUAGUAGUAACAGCUAA